CCGAGUACAUAAUGUACCUAAACUUGGAUUGUUAUUUGGAUUGGCUCGUGUCUUGUCAUCUUAUGCUUCAAUCUACAUUCUACAUUUUAAAGAAUACCCACAAAACAUGUCCUGCUAUUAACAAUCAACUUACCUAGAUACCAAUUGAGGUGUAGCUCGCGCUAACAGUCAGGAUGGAAUUCGUCACAGCCCUUCGGGGCACCUUCGACGACCAGAAACCCUCAUUAUUUGAAUUACUCUCGGAACAACAGCUCAACUCACUUCUACCACCGACAUUGCGAUACCUUCUUACUGUCGCGACUCAUCGGUACCCCCGUUAUUUACUACGUGCUCUUAACUCCUUCGAUGAGCUUUACGCGCUCGCCAUGCUCGUUAUCGAGCGCCACUAUUUACGGACACGCGGUGGCAGCUUUACCGAACACUUCUAUGGCCUCAAACGAGAAAAGUCGCUACAGGCAGAAGUCCCUCGUGCUACCGCCCGCACUCCGGAGCUGGUACGGGAAACUCUCAAGCUGAGCGAGAAGGAUAUCUGGAAGAAUCUGGCUGUUAUGGUUGCUCUGCCGUACCUGAAGCGGAAGCUGGACGAGAGCCACGAGAUCGAAGCUCCACGAGCCCUUCUCGGUGCAAACUAUACCCGUAUGCCUGCGAACCCGACGUUUAAGCAGCGACUGUUACACUAUUACAAGUGGUUCAUACGUAAUGUAUAUCCAAGCGUACACGCCGCCUACUACUUCAGCAUCAUUGCCUUUAAUCUAGCAUACCUAUUUGACGGCAGUAAAUACCACAAUCCAUUCCUCUGGCUCAUCGGCACUAGGAUGCGUAGGAUGAAUGGGGCAGAUUUCCAGGCCAUUGAGGCUUUAGGCAAGCCAAAGGCGGGAAUCCCACCCCUUACGGCUGCCAGUCUCCUCAAUCCGAGAGUAAUGGGACCGAGGUUGUUAAGUAGCUUGUCAGUCCUACUACCGACCAGCAUAUUUGCGCUGAAGUUCCUCGAAUGGUGGUACGCGUCCGACUUUGCGAAGCAGUUGUCGAGGAAGGCUGCCGAGAACCUCGAGCUACCGCCACCUGUCGUGUCUGGUUUAUCCGCGUUAGGAGCCAAGGUGCCGCACAAGAAGGGCCAGAAGGAUCACGACGAGAAGAGUAAGAAAGAAGAAGAGGAACGACCUAAAAUACCGUCGGCAGAGGAUGCGCCAAUUGCUACUCCAUCAUUGCUCCCUAUCUUUACCGUACCUGCGCCAGAGGAUUCUGAGCUAUGCCCCAUCUGCGAAGACGAAAUCACGACGGCGACGGCUUGCCAGACGGGCGUGGUCUACUGCUAUGCCUGCAUACAUAGGUGGCUCGAAGGUUCACAUCAGAGACAGGAGGAGUUCAUGGCCGAUCAAGCCGGCAAGUGGGAAAGCGGCCAGGGCAGAUGUGCCGUGACAGGACGUCGGGUCCUCGGCGGCACGGAGGGUCUAAGACGUAUCAUGGUUUGAUUAAGAUUUGAGAUCUGGGUUAUAUCGCAGCUGCAUGUGUCAUUGGGUCAGGCACCGGCGUCUGGGGUAGCAUCUAAAAAAAAGCUACGGGAUAGGGGGAAUAUCUGAUAAUAUUAAUGAACGACAUAAAUUCGUCAAAGCCCGUCGCCAUGAGACAUCCGUCUAGAUGGGCCGGUUUUAUUUCGAUAAGCCAUGGAUGCCGACUUGGAGCUUCUUACAACGAACGAGUAAUCUCGUCUAUUGGUACUGCAGAUGGCUCCAGAAGAGUUGUCAAUCAUGGGCAAAGCUCUUCGACAGUCUAUAAAGUCUAUAAUUGCAGUGAUGCAAGAAAUUCAGACGGUAAUGGACCGAUUACG